AUGACUUCGGGGAAUGUGAUACCGGAGACGCGAGUCCUAGCAAUCGCAAGUCAUGUAAGAGUCAUCUAUGUUGGCAACAAGAUGGCAACGGUCGUCAUGCAGUCCUUAGGAUGUGAUGUUUCGGCUCUCAAUACGGUGCAUUACAGCAAUCAUACCGCAUACAAGCAGGUCAAGGGCACGAAAACGACGGCGCAGGAGAUCGCGGAUCUAUACGAGGGGUUGCAACAGAGCAAUCUGAACCAUUUCGACAUGUUACUGACUGGGUACAUGCCCAGUGCAGAGGCAGUGGAGCAAGUCGGGAAGAUCGCAAGGGACCUCAAGUAUAACUCUGUCACGAAACCGGGGAGCUUCUUCUGGGUGCUGGAUCCAGUCAUGGGCGAUAAUGGCAAACUCUACAUUCCCGAAGAUGAAGUGCCCCAAUACAAAUCGCUUCUGCGGGAGGCAGACCUCAUUCUCCCCAAUCAGUUCGAAGCGGAGACCCUUUCCGAGACCACCAUCACGGACCUCGAUUCCCUCGCCGCCGCCAUAGAGAUUCUACACAAGAAAUACCAAGUGCCACACAUCAUCAUCACCUCCCUCCGACUAACCCGCGAUAACCAGACAAUACCUUCCCGGCCAGUAUCUAAGCCAGCCUCAACCACUGUGUCUGGUGCACAAACGCCCUCCGAGUCGCAAGGCCAGAGCAUAGCUUCGAGAGCCGACGGCCAGGCCGAAGAGGUUGAGACUCUAACUAUAAUAGGUUCCACAUCUACUUCCGACCAUAAACCUCGUCUGUUUCGCAUUGAUACACCCCAGAUACCACUUUUCUUUUCUGGAACGGGCGACAUGUUUGCAGCACUCACCAUCCCCCGUUUGAUCGAAGCCGUACAUGCUUCGCCCACCCCAGACCUCUCGAGCCGGGCGAGUUGGAAAUCCCCAGACGAUGUUGCCGCUGAGGACCUUCCCCUAGCAAAAGCGUGCCAGAAAGUCCUCGCAUCCAUGCAAGCCAUUCUCGCCGCAACCUCGGCUAGAUGCGAAGCCGAAAUGGAAAAGUACGACGCCCAGGUCGAGAAGGAGGGGUGUGGACAGGGCGCAGAAGCGGAAGAGCAAAGAGCAAAGAGGAGGCAUCUCGCGCUGAUGAAUGCAUCCGAGGUGAAACCAGUGAGGUUCUUCAAGGAGCUCACUGAUCCUCCCGAGCUGGAGCGGUUCAAGCCGAGGAGUGUUCAGAACGAAAUCGGGAAGAGAGGCUGA